GACCUUGGAGAGCGAAUGGAGGUCACGGCUGUGGCCACCCAGGGGGGAUAUGGGAGUUCUGACUGGGUGACCAACUACCUCCUGAUGUUCAGUGAUGGCGGGAGGAACUGGAAGCAGUAUCAGCAAGAAGAAAGCAUCUGGGGAUUUCCAGGAAACACAAAUGCAGACAGUGUGGUGCAAUACAGACUCCAGCCUCCCUUCCACACCAGGUUCCUGCGCUUCCUCCCCUUAGCCUGGAAUCCCAAGGGCAGGAUUGGGAUGUGGAUAGAAAUAUAUGGGUGUUCUUAUAAAUCUGAGGUGGUUCAUUUUGAUGGACAAAGUUCUCUGCUCUACAAAUUUGAUAAAGGAGCCACAAGACCAAUAAGAGAUGUUAUUUCCUUUAAAUUUAAAGCCAUACAGAACAGUGGGAUUAUAUUCCAUGGAGAAGGACAACAUGGGAAUCGAAUUGUUUUGGAAUUAAUCAAAGGAAAGCUUGUCUUUUAUCUUAGUUCAGGCAAUGGGAACCUGCCCCCCAUUAACGCUAACAUGAACUUCACCCUAGGCAGCCUUCUGGAUGACUGGCACUGGCACUCUGUGCUCAUUUAGUUCUUCAAUGCACAUGUGAACUUCACCUUGGACAAACACAUUCAUCAUGUCCUUGUGAACAAGGAAUCCAGUUACUUGGAUCUUAAUUUUGAGAUCAGCUUUGGAGCAAUUCUGAUACCUGAAAGGCAUUCCCUGACAUUCCCACAUAAAAAUUUUCAUGGAUGUUUAGAAAAUAUUUAUUAUAACGGAGUGAAUAUUAUUAAAUUAGCCAAGAAACAUGAGCCACAAAUCCUAAUUAAGGGAAAUGUGUCCUUCAUGUGUCCACAACCACAGACAGUUCCAGUGACUUUUCUGAGUUCUAAGAGUUAUCUGGCUUUGCCAGGCAAUUUAAGGGAAGAUAAAAUGUCCCUCAUUUUUCAGUUUCGAACGUGGAACAAGGCAGGACAUGUGCUUUUUCGGCAACUGGAGCAUGGUUCAGGAAGUUUGAUCCUCUUUCUUAGGGAUGGAAAACUCAUACUGAGCCUCUCUGAGCCAGGACAACCCCUGUGGAACAACACAACAGGUGCUGUACUGAGUGAUGGGCUGUGGCACUCAGUUUCCUUGUCUGCUAAGGGGAGCCAUCUAAGCCUUGUGGUAGAUGGAGACUCUGCUCAGACUCUGGUGUCUGUGUGGACUCAUUCAAGCAAUACUUACUAUUUUGGAGGCUGUCCCAACAACAACUCUAGCUUUGGAUGUGAAAGUUCUUUUGGAGGCUUCCAGGGCUGCCUGGAGCUCAUUUCUAUUGGUGACAAAGUAGUGGAUCCUAUUUCAAUACAGCAGGGAGUGCUGGGGGGCUUCAGUGAUCUCCAGAUAGAUUCCUGUGGCAUCAUAGACAGGUGUUUGCCUAGCUACUGUGAGCAUGGGGGUGAAUGUGCCCAGUCAUGGGACACCUUCUCCUGUGACUGUGAAGGCACAGGUUACACUGGAGCAACCUGCCAUUCCUCCAUCUACGAACAGUCUUGUGAAGCCCACAGGCACAAAGGGAGACCUUCUGGGGUUUACUACAUUGAUGCAGAUGGAAGUGGACCACUGGCACCAUUCCUUGUGCACUGCAAUAUGACAGAUACAACAUUAACUGUGGUUCAGCACGAGGGGCCUGAUGCAAUGACAGUCAGAGGUGGCCCAGAAGGACGAAUGCAUUCUGCAACCUUCUCCUAUGCUGCCAAUGCAGUACAGCUUCAUGUUGCAGAGCACUGUGAGCAGCGGGUGACUCUACAAUGCAGAACCUCAGGGCUCUCAGAUACAGGAGAUGGAACCUCACUGAGCUGGUGGGUUGGAAGAACCAAUAAACCAUACACUUACUGGGGAGGUUCUCUGCCUGAUGCUCAAAAGUGUACUUGUGGAUUAGAGGGGAACUGCAUUGAUUCUCAAUAUCACUGCAACUGUGAUGCUGACCGGAAUGAAUGGACCAGUGACACAAUGGUCCUUUCCCAUAAAGAGCACCUGCCAGUCACUGAGAUGGUGGUGACAGACACAGGCCGACUACAUUCUGAAGCUGUUUAUACACUGGGACCUCUGAUUUGCCAGGGAGACAAGUCAUUUUGGAAUUCAGCUUCCUUCAACACUGAGGCUUCAUACCUUCAUUUCCCAACUUUCCAUGGAGAGCUCACUGCUGAUGUGCACUUCCUUUUUAAGACUACCGUUUCCUCUGGCGUAUUCAUGGAGAAUCUAGGAAUCACAGACUUCAUCAGAAUAGAGUUGCGUGCUCCCACAGAAGUGACCUUUUCUUUUGAUGUUGGGAAUGGACCUUGUGAGCUCACUGUACAGUCACCCACUCCAUUUAAUGACAACCGGUGGCAUCAUGUGAGGGUAGAAAGGAACAUUAAAGGAGCAUCUCUUCAGGUGGAUCAGCUCCCUCAGAAGAUACAACCCGCACCUGCUGAUGGUCAUGUUCGACUGCAACUCAACAGCCAGCUCUUCAUUGGGGGCACAGCCAGCAGACAGAGGGGCUUCCUGGGCUGUAUCCGGUCUCUGCAGCUGAAUGGAAUGGUGUUGGACCUGGAGGGAAGGGCCACAGUGACACCAGGAGUGGAGCCAGGAUGCUCGGGUCACUGCAGUAGCUAUGGACACCUGUGUCGCAAUGGAGGGAAAUGUCAAGAGAAACACAGAGGGAUUGCUUGUGACUGUGCCCUUUCUGCCUAUGAUGGGCCACUGUGCUCACAUGAGAUUUCUGCAUAUUUUGAAAAUGGCUCCUCAGUGAUCUAUAAUUUUCAAGAACAUUCCACCCUAAGUGACAACACCAGCUCCCUGGCUUCUUCAUUACAUGGGGAUAUCAUACUGUCCAGAGAAACCAUCACACUGAGCUUCCGAACUACACAGACACCAUGCUUAUUGCUUUAUGUGAGCUCUUUCUAUGAGGAAUACCUUUCAGUUAUCUUGGCCAACAAUGGAAGUUUGCAGGUGAGGUACAAGCUGGACAGACAUCAUAAUGCAGAUGCUUUGAACUUUGACCUUAGAAACUUAGCAGAUGGACACUUUCACCAGCUGGUGAUUAAUAGAGAAGAAGCAGUAGUCUCUGUGGAGGUUAACCAGAGUGCAAAGAGACAAGUCAUCUUGUCCUCGGGAACUAAAUUCAAUGCUGUCAAAUCGCUCAUAUUGGGAAAGGUUUUAGAACCACUGGACGCUGACCCUGACACAAGGCAGGCAGCAUCUCAGGGCUUCACCGGCUGCCUCUCUUCGGUGCGAUUUGGCCAGGAAGCCCCAUUGAAGGCUGCGUUGCACCAGGAUGGAGCCAGUGUCACCAUUCAAGGCCCAGUGGCUGCUGCAGCCAAGUGUGCAGACAGCCCUGACUCAGCAGUGCAGGAACUGGCUCCCGGGCCUUCUAUGGGUGCAGGUCCUUCUGGAUCCUCAGAAGACAGACAGCCCCUUCAUAACACGGACAGGAGUGACCCUGGGAUCACUGGAGGAAUAACAGCAGUUGUGAUAUUUAUUUUGCUCUGUGUGUCUGCCAUAACCAUACAUGUUCAUCAGCAGAGAAAGUUACACCAAAAAAAUGAGUCAACGGUCUCAAAAACUGAAGAGUUCUAG